GUUCCUACCUGCAGUAGGUUGGCAUCGCUGCGGCCGCGCGGCGACACGAACGCACGCACCAUUUUUUUAAAUCGAAUUUUCGUUCGGAAAUUAUGGUAGCGAAAAAGUUUUACUGAAUGAAGUUACUUUAAUAUUUACGUGUAAUGUUUUCUAAUAAACCUAAGUAUUUUUUAUAUAAAUAAUUUAUUUUUAAAUGUGGUUCAGUGAAAGUGGACGCUAUGCAAAUUAUUAUAUCGACUUUUUUCGUGCUCGCGCUUAUGCAAGCCCCUGAACUUACUAGCGGAGAUCAAGACUUCGGUUAUGACGGAGUUAGCGGUCCCCUACACUGGGGUGAGCGGUACCGCGAGUGCGCGGGCAAGCACCAGAGUCCCAUCAACAUCAACGUCCUGAGAGUCAAGCAGGUCUCCCUACCUGACAUACAGUUCGUCGGCUUCGAUGACUCUAUUGACGGAGUGCAUGUCACCAAUAAUGGGCAUACAGUCCUCAUCGAGGUGGAGAACGAGCCGCACCCGCGCGUCCGCGGCGGCCCACUCGAGGGGGACUACGUGUUCAGCCAGAUGCACUUCCACUGGGGGGACAACGACACGCUGGGGUCAGAGGACAAGAUCAACCAUCGGAGUUUCCCCAUGGAGCUCCACAUGGUGUUCUUUAAGGAGGAAUACAAAUCACCACAAGAAGCCGUGAAGCACCCUGACGGGCUCACAGUCCUGGCAUUCUUCUACGAGCUGGACCGCCACUACCACCCAGCCUACGAUGACAUCACCGCGGCGCUCGGCAACGUGACCGAGCUCCACGCGUCCGUCACCAUGGACCACCCCUUCUCCUUCCUCAACAUCCUGCCGUAUGACCUGAGGCGGUACUUCACGUAUCGGGGGUCGCUGACCACGCCGCCGUGUUCGGAGGUCGUGAUAUGGUUGGAUUUCGAGCAGCCGGUUAGGUUGGCGCAUGAUCAGAUAGAGGCGUUCAGAGAGCUCCGUUCAGCGCACGGCAAGAUCAAACACAACUUCAGGCCGAUCCAGCCAAUAGGAGACCGAGUGGUCUUCUACAACAUAGACAAUAGCUACUUCAACUACAACGAGGUCGACGACCCCGAUGAUGACGUCACCACACAGAGGCCGUCGCGAAGAAAACAUGGCCGCCACAAUGGCGCCAUUAAAAACAAAUCCAGUGUUGCCAUCAUUAGUGUAUUGUUUGUAGCUGUUUGUUAUUUAUUAAAGUAGUUUGUAGAUUAUUUCGUGCGUCCUUUUUCAUUGUUAUUUAAGUUAAAAGGAUAUUCGUGACCGUAUGUAUAUAACGAUAGCAUUACGGAAUCACGCCAUAAUUUCAUGUUGAUGUAAAGUUCGUGAUAUGAGUUUCAAGCAUUUUUACUGUACAUUGUAAGGCCGUUAUUGGUAAUUAUUAUAAAUAAUUAUUAACCAGUGUGCAGAUACUACAUAAUCAGUUUUCCGAUAACAUACAAGUUGUGUUUGUAUUUGUUGAAUGUUCUGUGAUAUUAUGAAAACAAAUAUUUAUAAUGAUUCUGUUGUGAAUGAAAUAAAUAUUUUUCAAGAGUGAA